UCGAAAAAAGUUCGUCUGCUAAGCCAUAUUUUUUUAGAAAUCUUUUACAAACAAACUCGAGUUAUUCAUCCUUUGACGAUUCUAUUGAAUCAAAUUAUUAUUUUGAUUUGAAGUUUUGAACUAAUAUUGGCAUUCUACUUUAAAACUAUAGUUGCUAAUAUAAAUCCAAUUAUAUACAAAUAAAAGCGGUUCUUCAUCCGUCACGUCGAAAUACGAUAGCACUAUAUCAUUGCUUUGCCAAGUUUGAGGAAAAUCUUCCCGAAUGCUAUUGAUGUGUGUUCGAUUUUGAUUUUCUCAGAAGACAAGGCCUAUGAUGUAGAUGCUCAUUCUUCCAUUUACACAUUGUAAUUCAUAGAUAUUAAGACCAGUUAACUUUAUUUGUGGAUUUCCAAUUCCACACCUUAUCUUAAGUUUGGUUUCUACUCUGUGCAUGACAGAAUUUGAAAUGGAAGAGAUGAAAGAUAUUUUGGAAGGUUCUCAACUAGUGGAUGAUAUUGAUCCCGAAGAAGAUGACGCAGAUGGACUGUACAAAGAUUUCAGUAAUAUGAGAGAGUUUCAUGUAUUAGAUGAAAUAGUUGAAAGCAACGCUAAUGAUGACGAUGAGUGUAAGGAAAAUUCAGAGAGUGAUUUCAGCAGUUCCAAUGAAGCAGACAGUGAAGAAGAUUUUGAUAUACAACAAGAUGAAAUUGAUGCUAUGUUGGAAGAAGGUUUACCAGAAGAAAUGAAAUCUAGGAAAAAGUUCAAAAAAUCAGAUGGUUCUUCCAAGCCAUCUGGUAAUGGGGAUGCAAGUAUGGCAUAUGAAGAAAAAGAAAAAAUUGUUCUUGAAGAAAAGGGUAAGAACCAUUUCGAAGUUUUGCCUGAAAAUUGGGUCCAAGUUACACACAACAGUGGAAUGCCUAUCUACCUUCACAAACCUACACGGGUUUGCACCCUUGCUAAGCCUUACUUCCUUGGACCUGGAAGUGCCAGAAAACAUGCAGUGCCAAUUAGCGCCGUACCUUGCCUACAUUACCAAAGAGCCAAGGAGAAAGAAGAACAGAAAUCCGAAGAGCUAUUAGAGGCCUCAGCUAACACUGCAGCAGAUGGUACUGCUCAUGUUGCCCCUGAUAUCCCCUGUGCUCGGAUCGAAUCAGUCCAAGAGAAUCAGGCAGCACAUUCUCUCAAUGGAGUUCAGCUGCGCGAAUACUGCUCCAAACGAUUUGAUUUUAAAACCGUCCGCCUUAUGCGAUUUAAAACAUGGGCAGCUAGGAGAAAGCACACCAAACUGCGGAAACAACGACAGAUUUACCCCCAAUCUGGUCUUUCCUUGAAUGAGGAUAAGAAACAAGUGAUUGGCUCAAGCCAAAGCCCUGUUGAGGAUGACGAUGCUAAAUUGUCACAGACGGCUGAACUGGGUCGACCAACUUUACCUAAAGGGACCAAACUUAUAACCUUCCCUAUCGGACAUUCCAUUCCGGCAACACACAACGAUCCGACCUCCCAAAGCGAAGGACAAGGUGCUGCUGGUGGAGCUAAUGGUGGAUCGCGACGGGAAUGGAUUAUGAAUCCGGCAGGGAAAAGUUACGUUUGCAUCCUCCAUGAAUACGUUCAACAUGCCCUUAAGAAGCAACCUGCCUAUACAUUUAAAGAAAUUGAGAAUGCAGCAACGCCUUAUAGUGCUACGGUAUUGAUUAAUGGAAUGCAGUACGGUACUGGGGUCGGUUCGAGUAAGAAAGCCGCCAAGGCGGAAGCAGCGAAAGCGACACUAGAAGUUCUUAUUCCACAGAUGAAGGAAAAAAUAUUGGACGAGGCGGAACCAGGUCACAAGGGACCAAAUCAUCAGUCUGACUUAGAUCUAUCCUUUUUCAACGAAAUUCGAAUAGAAGACCCUCGCGUUGCCGAACUGUGUGCAAAAACGAGCGAACCAUCCCCUUACGCAAUCCUCCUCACAUGCCUUCAAAGAAACUUUGGUUUAGGCGAUAAGAACGUCAAGUACGAGCUCAAAACAUUGAAACAUCAGAAAAACGAAGUAAUAAUGACGGUUGGAAAGCAUACAGUUCAAGUACCAUGCAAGAAUAAAAGAGAUGGAAAGCAAAGAGCAGCCCAGGCCAUAUUGCAGGCGCUGCAUCCUCACAUUUCUAGUUGGGGUUCAUUGCUUCGUCUUUAUGGUUCACAUUCGCUUAAAACAGUAAAAGAGAAGAAACAAGAAGAACAGCAAAUCACUCUACUCCAAAGCAAAGCAGCUGUCAACGCGCCCAAUUACGCCAUUCUGAACAAGCUUAGACAAGAAAUGUUGAAGUUACGACAGAUGAGGGAAGCAGUGCAGCCGAUUGGCCGUUUCAUUCCACCGGAUGAUGUUGGCAUGCCUUCAACCUCAGGCGCCGAUCUAAAUAAUGUCGAUCUCUAAGUCAUAAUCUCGAAGUGAAAUGGUGUAAUCGAUCCCUAGAUGAAUUUAAACCAAUAUGAGUGUGUGGAUGAAAGGUAACUGCAGAAUAUUUACACAAAUACUCUCUCCCUUUUCUCUCUGUGCCACAUACUGAACAUCAAUAUACGGUCUUACUCGGA